AUUUGUGACGUCACAUGGAAACAGUUUUACAGAUAAGAAAGUUGCGAAGUUGGAAAGUCGGUAAUCUUUCAGGAUUAUUUGAGCUUAUCUGUGGAAAAUCAAACCAAUAUUUAACGGUGGACAUGACCGCGAGCCUCCAUUGAAUCUUGUACUCAUGAUGCCAUAUUGCGAUAAUACCAUCACGUUCGUGCAACACCCGUAACCAAGUUGUUAUUGGAGACAGAAACAUUUCGAAUUCCACAGGUGAAGUUUGUAAGAUGAGCCUAAAAAUCCGACAACAUAAGAACCAUAUAUUUUCCAUCAGAGGAAACUUUUUGUUAUUUGAUUUGAGACUUAUGUGGGAAUACUCGUGCUUGUAGAGUAAUAAUCUUAAUGAUUUCAACAAACACAAACAAACAAACGCUGAUUGUCUAAAUUGUGAUUAAGGUAAACAUACAAAGUUUAAGUUAUUUGUAACCAAAUAUUAUAAGGGGAAUUAUAAAAAUCCAAUCCAUACUGUCCCUCAGUUUAUGUUAAACUCAGGAAAUUGCUGAAGAUAACAUCUGUUAAUGAUAAUAAGAGUUAACAAUGCACUUUAAUUCUUGUUUUAUUUCAAAAUAUUUUAUAAGAUUGCAGUUAAAUACAACUUGUCAUCAGUUUGUUCUUGUAGUAGUCUUCUCAAAAUAAAAAUGUGUUACCUACGUGUCAUGUCGUGAAGUUUCAAGUGUUUUCUUUCCUUUCAGGGUCAAAUAGACAUAAUUUCCGAAUGGCAAAGUUAAAGUUGUGGAUAGCUUCAUUUGUCAGUUGAUGAUGAUGAGGGACAGCAACCCAAAUGCUUUUGCAAGACAAGUACAUUUUGCUAAUGGCUUUCCUCCUAAAGGUCUUGUAAGAGACGUUUCACCAAGCACUAGGUCAUCUUAUCCUUCUCCAAAGGGGCAUUAUGUAAGCCUGGUAAGUAACAGUUAGUUACCUGAUGGUGAAUUGACAAUAAUAUCACUGUAACUGGUACAGUGUAAAUAGAAUGUUGUGCUACCUUUUAGGAGCCUUUGACAGAGUUUGCAGAGGUCAUGGAAAACCAGGAAAGUCAUGGAAUUUAAGAAUUUCAUUUUCAAGGCCUGGAAAUUUUUGGUCCUUGAAAGUCAUGGAAAAUUGAAGUUUUGUUUGGUAGAUUAGUUACUGCGGAUGACAAAGCAUGAGUAAUGUAAGAUAAAGAGGUGUAAUAACAGCGUGAAUGGCAUACAUUUUGGUGAAUACCAGAGUUUGUUUCUGUUGAACUGCUUCAGGUCAAAAAAUAUGCUAAAACUAGGAAAGGUUUGAAAAUUUUUGAAAGUAACAGCUAAACCUAAGGCCAUGGAAUACUUGAAAAGGUCAUGGAAAAAGUUAUGGAAAGUCAUGGAAUUUGAAGAGCUCAAAAGAGUAUGAACCCUGCUUUGAGUGUUGCCAAUAUGUUUAACAGGAACAACUCGUUGUUCAAAUCAAUAGUCUGUUGUUAUUGAAGAUUGUUGGUGCUGUUGUUCUAGAAAUAGUACCCUUUUAUGGAGGAAAAUCCGGAUCUUAAAACCCUCUGGUAAAAUUUAACAUGAGCCACACCCAUUAAACAAGAUUCUUGUCAUUGUUUCUGGAAAGGGAAGUGGUCAGUGUAUUUGAAACUUUCCAACAAGCACUCAUUUUUCUUGGGAAGUCCCUGUCCAAUUAUGGCUUUUAUUUAAGAAAAUAUAGUACUUGGAACAAUAUAGAGAGUAUCUAGGGUAAACAGGGGAAUAUUUGGAAACCCAGCCCCUCCCCCCACCACAAAAGUUUCACCCUGUCCAGACUAUGAACCAAACCUUCAAACUUUAUAUUAGUAUUCAGUUUUGGAUAAAUUAUUGAUACCUAUUCGAGAUCAAAAUCCUCUGAUUUCUCUUCCCCAUCCCACACUAAACUGCUUGUAAACCCUUCCCAUAUACGGCAUUGCCCCCUCCCUGGGUCCAACUAUCAAUGGCUGUGCCACACUUCCCCCAAAGCCUCCGAAGUGCUGGACUGGUUACUUGAAAGAGCUACGGCAAAUAAGACUUUGAAGUAAGAAGAGUGGCAUCCAUCUUGAUUGCAGCCUAGGGAUGGUGAUGAUGAUGAUUUUGUGAUGUUUAAUAGAUAAAUUUGGCAUCAGAUUAUGUUGUACACGUAUCUCAAUACAAACUAAUAACAUUCUAUUGUUUUGUAGGAUGAGGUGUCACCCAGAAAGGGAAGGACACAUAGGGUAAUUCCACCCCUUGCUAAGGGGCGUGGUCAGUUUUGUAGUGUUAGAGACAGACCAGAGGAUGACAGAUAUGUGAGUUUAACAUUUGAUGCUGUGAUGUUUCAAAAAUACGUCCAUUACAAUAUUUUUUUAUUUUCUGUAGAAUGCGCAGGUUGUGGAAAAUUCAAACUGUUGUUUCUAAAAAUUUAUGAUUUUUCCAGCAAUGUGCUAGUCAGGUUGGAUAGGCUGGCUUUAUCCAACUUAAAAACUAAAGCAAAUAAAAGUCACUGUUCUGGAGCUAAUUUGUAGACAGUGAUUUGACAGUUGUAAUAAGAGAUUUUCCUAAGAAACAAUAAAAUUGCAAUCAUCUCAUUAAUUAACCCAUUCGCUCCUGGAGAUUUUGCCGAAAAACGCGUUUUGAAGCUAGUUGAGUGGUUUUCUGGUCACUGUCGUGCUUUAAAGAGCUAAAACUUACCACAAACCGGUUUACAGGUUGUACACUUCGUGGCCUUCUGAUCCAGAUGCAAAAUAUCAGCUUGCGAAGUUCGGGCAUGCACAGAAAGCAAAAUUUCGAGAUAGUUUUUGGGUUUAAAAGUGACCCAGCAGUCUUGACUUUUACUUUUCGCUUUCUCUCCUCCCUUCUUUUUUUUCACUUUUCUUGCCUCAUUUUUUUCUCUUGCUGGGCAUUUAGUAGGCUUCAUUUUGGUGGAAAGAGUUUUUAGGAAAGCUUGUAGGAUCUUAGGAUUAGGUGAAAGCAAAGGUCGGUGAGCAAUGGAACAAGAUUUUCAUGAAGAUUUUCAGGUCAAUGUCACGUGGUUUUUUGCUUCUUUCUCCUGUGUCCUUGACUGAAUUGUGCUCAUUCUGGUAUGGUUUGAAAGAUCUCUUCACUUUACACGAGUUACCGAAGAAAGUUGUCCUUGAACGUUAAAACUGAUGACGUCACAAAGGGUAGAAAGGACCUGGAUCCGCACGGGCGGUUACCGGCGGUUCAGGGGCGAAUGGGUUAACAGUAUAUUUAGAGAGUCAAAACUGCUAUAUGACCACCCGCUUACUGUGAACUCCUCAUUAUUAAGGAGCUUGCUUUGUCCCUGUGGAAAAGAAAGCUCUUACAUUUUACCUAAAUCCAACCUGCUUAAUACCGACGCCCCAAUUUGAAUUCCCGUUUGGCUCUGCGUUGACUGAGCUGUCAGAUUUCUGCCCAUCAACGGAAAGUGGAAAUGAGCGCGAAUGUAAACAAACAUUUGAAAAACAUGCGCCAAAGGUAACGGCAUCAUUACUACUGUCGUCAGAAUUUCGCAUCAACUUUUUUGAUGCAAAUAUUCAAAUUCCAGAGACAUAGUUGUAGGUUCUCCUUCCUUUUCCUGCCCCGCCCGACAGAGUGCCCCAGAAAGCUUGCUCGCAGGCUAACUCUAGUUAGCUAUUUAGAAUGAAUAGACCUUUUCUGCAUUCCUGUAAACAAAGGCACCAACUCGAGGGUCAGGUGGACAAAAUACGGUGAUUUGUUUGAAAUUGCAUGCCCACCCAAGCCUUGUCCUCAUUUCUUUAUUUUUGCUCAGUGGAGCGUAAUGCAGGAAAGGUCUAUAAGUUUCUUCAGUGACUAUGUGCCUCCUCGUGACGGUAAAUAUUUUGUUUUCGUUGUCAACAGAGACAGAGACCAGACCCCUUCAAACUGCCGAAGGCUGCAGAGAAAACAGGGUUUUCUGCCUCACAAAUUAAGGUUUGUAACAAAUUAAUACAGUCAACUCUCUCAUAGCGACCACUUCUCGUAAGCGACCACCUCCCGUAAGCGACCACUUCACAAAUAAUCCUUUUGUUUCUCAGUCAAAUUGUUUCAAAAACUGUCUCGUAAGAGACCACUACCUUAAUUUCCAAAGCAACUGCAACCACUUUUUGGGCCAGAAGUUUGAUAUAUUCUUUUGUUUUCUGUUUCCGGUAAGUGACCACCCGGCAUGAUCACAUACGAUUGUAAAAAAACUGUUGCUCGAAUGUCACAAAAAAUAAUUUGUGAAUAGUGCUGACCAAGUUUGCUGACAGAUUAUAGCAGUUGACUUACAAAAAAGAUGUCUGUAAUACGACCUCUAGGUAAAAAAGUGGAUUGUCACAUUCAUACAUUAUAAUGUUAUGUGCAAAGUUUCAUCAGUUCCAAGUGCUAUUCGAGUUAAACAUUAUUAGAAGUUCUCUAUUUGCCUCAUUUUUACUUGAAAGAUAACAACUUUACAUAAUUACGUUAAUCAGUUCAAUGUGAGUUCUUUUCUUGAUUUUUCCUGUAGACGACCACCUCCUGUGAGCAACCACUUUGUUGUGCACCAAGGGUGGCCUCUUGUGAGAGAGUUAACUGUAUUUUAAAAUAAAAAGUAGAUCAAUUGGAGCUUUGAUUUAGUUUAGUAAACUCGCUAGGGAAUUCUUUGGCUAUUGAUUAUGGCUGCAUUUAAACCCUUAAAUAAAAAUUUGAGGCUGACCAUUUUCGUAAAUGUUCAGAGCUUGAAGAUAGCACUGUCUGAUGUGCCAUGGGAAAGUUAUAGAAUGUGGAGUGAGCUACCAGGCUAGUGCGAAAACUGCAUCAACAGCGACAACAGUAACAACAGUGAUGACAGCGACAACAGCGUCAACAGCAUCAACAGUGACAACACCGACAACAGCGACAACAGUGACAACAGUGACAACACCGACAACAGCCACAACAGUGAUGAGAGCGACAACAGCGACAACAUCGACAACAGUGACAACAUCGACAACAGCGUCAACAGCAUCAACAGUGACAACAGCGACAACAGUGAUGACAGCAACAACAGCGACAACAGUGAAAACAGCAUCAACAGCGUGAACAGUGACAACAGUGACAACAGCGACAACAGUGACAACAGCGACAACAGUCAACAGUGACAGCAGUGACAACAGUGACAAAAGCGACAACAGUGAUGACAGCGACAACAGCGACAACAGUGACAACAGCGUUAACAGCGUCAACAGUGACAACACUGACAACAGCGACAACGGUGACAACAGUGACGACACCGACAACAGGGACAACAGCGACAACAGUGAUGAGAGCGACAACAGUGACAAAAUCGACAACAGUGUCAACAGCCUCAACAGUGACAACAGUGACAACACCGACAACAGCGAGAACAGUGUCAACAGUGACAACAGCGACAACAGUGUUAACAGUGACAACACCGACAACAGCGACAACAGCAUCAACAGUGACAACAGUAACAACAGUGAUAACAGUGAUGACAGCGACAACAGUGACAACAGCGUCAACAGCGUCAACAGCGUCAACAGUGACAACAGUGACAUCACCGACAACAGCAACAACAGUGACAACAGUGACAACACCGACAACAGUGACAACAGCAUCAACAGUGACAACAGCGAUAACAGUGAUGACAGCGACAACAGCGACAACAGUGACAACAGUGUCAACAGCAUCAACAGUGACAACACCGACAACAGCGACAACAGCAUCAACAGCGACAACAGUAACAACAGUGACAACAGUGAUGACAGCAACAACAGCGACAACAGCGACAACAGCGUCAACAGCGUCAACAGUGACGACAGCAACAACAGUGACAACGGCGUCAACAGCAUUAACAGUGACAACAGUGACAACAGCGACAACAGUGACAACAGUGACAACACCGACAACAGCGAGAACAGUGUCAACAGUGACAACAGCGACAACAGUGUUAACAGUGACUACACCAACAACAGCGACAACAGUGACAACAGCAUCAACAGUGACAACAGUAACAACAGUAACAACAGUGAUGACAAACAGCAACAACAGCAGUGACAACAGCAUCAACAGCGACAACAGUAACAACAGUGACAACAGUGAUGACAGCAACAACAGCGUCAACAGCAUCAACAGUGACAACAGCGAUAACAGUGAUGACAGCGACAACAGCGUCAACAGCGUCAACAGUGACAACACCGACAACUGCAUCAACAGCGACAACGGCAUCAACAGCAUUAACAGUGACAACAGCGACAACAGUGAUGACAGUGACAACAGCGACAACAGUGACAAGAGCGUCAACAGUGACAACAGCGACAACAGCAUGAACAGUGACAACAGUAACAACAGUGACAACAGUGACAACACCGACAACAGCGACAACAGCAUCAACAGCGAGAACAGUGAUGACAGCGACAACAGUGACAACACCGACAACAGCGACAACAGUGUCAACAGUGACAACAGUGACAACACCGCCAACAGCAACAACAGUGUCAACAGUGACAACAGUGACAACACGGACAACAGCGACAACAGUGAUUAGCAGUGACAACAGUGCAUGACAACAGCGAUGACAGCGACAACAGUGACAACAGCGACAACAGCAUCAACAGUGACAACAGCGGUAACAGCGACAACAUCGACAACAGUGACGACAGCGACAACAGCGACAAUAGUGACAUCAGUGACAACAAUGGCAACAGUAACAACAGAGACUAUACUGAAAAUUGCAACAACAGUGAGAACAGCGACAACGGUGACAACAGUGACAACAGCAACAACAGUGACAACAGAGAUAACAGUGACAACGGUGUCAACGGUGACAACAGCAACAACAGUGACGACAGUGGCAACAGCGACAACAGUGACAACAGUGACAACAGCGACAAUAGUGACAACAGUGAUAAUAGCGACAACAGUGACAAAUAGCUGGUUCCUGCACUGGAAUGAGAAUUUCCUUUCAGGAUGAGAUUAUGAAAUCAGCUCUUCUGUACUCGAACUGGUAGCAGAUGCAUAAUUUUCGUCAGUUUAGGAUAUUGGCAUUGUCAUGUUGGUCAUGGGACAGUGAGAAAAGUGCAAAGAUGUAAAUGAAACAAAUUCAAGAAGUCACUUGGGUAUGAAACUCGUACUGGUGAAAGUUUUACCAAAAUACCGGUAAACACCACCUAAAUGUUAAACUACACUUUGGGCAAGCUUAUUGGAUAUAGGCAAGGUGAUUUUGUUCGUCUCCCUCUGUAAAUGGGCCAAAGCAAACAUGUCCUUACUUUGCUGAUAACAGAGAUAUGUUACAUUUUACUUUCCAACAGCAUGCGAAGCCAAAAACUAUAAGAAUGUGCCGGUCAACUGAACCACCCACCCCUCCCCCUGCUACUGCUACAGUUUAUAAUCUGAAGAAUUUGGCAAGGUAAAUAAUGAUCAAUAUAAGACCAUCAUACUUCAUAAUUCCCUGAGAGAUGUGGUAAUGAGCAACACUUGGUGGCCCUGGACCCCGGGGGAGGGGGGUACUCCCAUACAUUACCUAUGCGGGUAUGUUCCGCCCAACGGGGUCGUGAGUUUGAAGCUCCUGAUUUAGAACGGGGUACCCUUUCAGAGGCGUUUUUUAGAACGGGGUAUAAUAUUUCGAACGCACGAAAGCUCCAGUUUUGUAAGCAGCCAUUUGAAAUUAUUCAAGAACAGAUUGCUUUUAAAAAUACGGUUCAAUGAGUUAACAAGCAAACUGUUGUGCUCUUGUUGCGCACUAGAACGGAGUAUAAAAAAUGGCCCAUUUCUAGAACGGGGUAUCUGUUUUAGGGCGAAAUCUAGAACGGGAUAUAAAAAAUUGGCCCAUUUCUAGAACGGGGUAUCAAUUUAAGGGGAAAUUUUUUUUAGAAGAACGGGGUGCCAAUUUGGAGUCCCGGGCGGCACAUACCCACCUAAAAAAUACCCAAGUGGUCCCCCCCCCGGGCCCUGGACUGAUUACUUUGAUUACUUUGACUUUAGAUCAGAGUCUCUGCAAUUUUUGUUAGAGCAGUCUUGACUUUGUAUUUGAAACGCAAUUUUUUCUGAAGUGCAGUUUGAAGGAUUCUGUUGUGAAACCAGAGCUAGCACCAACAUUUUUCUUACCCCCCGGGAACGAGGUUGAGCUGGCACCGCUGCUAUUAUUAAUUUAUCUUUAACUUACCUUACCUCCAGUUGUAAUAAUAACAUUAUUAUCGUAGUGUUCCUGGCUUGCAUGCUCUUGUAUAUUUGUUUCUUUGUGGCAGUGAGUUAUGAAAUGAAAUUUGAGUUGCAUUUUAUCUUUGUUUUGACAGAAGGACGGUGUAUUCAACCCCGCCCAACAGACCUACAGAUGGCGAUCUUGAAGAUGAUAUUGUGACGACACCUUCAGCGGAACUGAAAUCCAAAAACAGCAGAAUUAUAUCAGAUGUUGAGAACGAGAGCAUUCAAGCUGAGCUUGCAGGGCUCGAGGAGGUUUAUCAGAGAGUGUGCCGUGUAAGUAAGCAUGAGCAGUUCAAGGUCCUAGCUAUUUUGACCAGGGUUGGGGGUCCUACUCAUCUGAAAUUACUCAUUUAAUACUAAAACGUUACUUUUCGUACUUACUUGCCCCUGAAGCAAGUGUUCCCAAUCGAGUUAUUGCACAAAAGUUGGAGAGAGAAAGCAAAAAAAUAAUGAGGAAAGCUUUCGUCCCACCUCUCGGGAAAAACUCUUGGGGAAACGCCUGCCGCACAGGUUACCUACCUGUCUAGUGAAGGGUAGAUCUGGUUCUUUUUAAAUCUUAUCCUUCAUGUGUUGAAUACAAAAUGCUAUCUGGCUAAGGCGUAAAGCAGAAGCUCAGACUGUAUGGUGGUACACUUAGCUCCCUCUCAUAUUGUACAGUAAGCAUCAUGUGGAUUCGUGAACCUGUACUUGGAAAAAGGGCGUAUUGCAAGACAUGUUGUCAAUAUAAGGUGAUUUUUUUUUCUCCUGGCCUGUUUGAUGAGUAGCGCUCAUUCAGGCAUGGUUUGGCUUUCUCCCAUAAAAGUUUGAUGUCAUAGGUUGUCUUUGACAGUUAGAACCGAUGACGUCACAGGUGAUAUAGGGAUCUUGUUUCCACGCUUAUUUUAAGUGAAAAGUAACUUUUAUUUUAAAAAUGUGAUGUUUGCAUUUCAUUUACUGCAGGGAAAAAUUGAAUCUCUGCACAGUCUUCUGUAUCCAAGUCGGAGAGAGACCAAAAGAGGACCCAUGCAGUACAUUAACACCUCAGCACCUGUGCAACUUCGGUAAGCAGUGAUGUAAAAAUAAUAAAAUGAAAGCGUAACAUCACAGCGCACAUUUUUGUAACAAUUUUUUAUGAUUUAAAGAAUGUCUCUAAUUAAAGACCGACCGCGAAAAAUCCACGACACAAAUUCAACAUAUCGCACGCUUUUAGAUUCUUUAUUUCCCAAACUUUGAAGUAUAAAACUAGUGUUUUAUUGGAAAUGAACUGCUUAAUAACUCAUUAACUGAAGUCUUAAUUGUUCCUUUAUGGCUCUAUUUUCUGAUUUUAGUCGUUAAAUUGUGACUGUGUACUGAAUGAAAAGUUGUGCCAAUUCUGAGAUGUCUUAAUAGUCUUCACUUAGAAGAAUUUUCGUAGUUUAGUGACUGACUAAAGUGAAGUCUCGCGAAAGUUUUUUCUCUCAUAUCGCAAAUUAAAAGGACGAGAAAGUAAGUUACCAUCCCACAAAUUGACUGAAAACGUGAAGGCCCUCUAUAAACUCAAUUACUUAGUGUAAUAUUGUAAAGUAGUGCUUAUAAUUAAUAUAGUGGAACUGCAAAUACAUUAGCUACUCUAGGUAGGUUUGUACAUAAUUGCGUUCUUCUCAGCAUAGUUAGAAACGUAGCCCCAUCUGGCAGAAAGGAACUAGAUUGUUGAGAAAGCAGCUGACAUUUCGCGACAUAUUGGUCGUGCCGCGUGGGAAAUCUUCAGCCAAUCAGAAGCACUUCCCAGAUCCUGGUAGUGACACGUCAUCGGUAUGCAGCGGUGGGCGUCGCGAACUGUCGGCUUUUUUCUCAAGUCUACAAGAGAGCGAUUUUCGUAUGACCUUGAAAUGAAAACGGGCGAACAAAACGCGCGAACAGAAAUAGAGCGACUUGAUUGGGUUAUCGAACGGAUACAAACGCGCGUGGCUUUUGGUUGGUUAAGGGAACGCUCGGGUGAAAAAAACUUCCUUCUCUAGAACUUUCUAGAAAUCAAUCGAUACUUCGCUUUGACGUCAUACUGCAACACGAUUGGCCAAUCGAAUAAUGCCUUCUCCAUAUUAGGGUUUUCUUUUGAGGGAAAACGAAAAGGCCAUGCUUUGAUCUCUUCAUCCAUUGGUUGAUAACACAAAUAACGAACACUUACCGAAACCAUUUUUCAAGGUCAUUCGAAAAUCGCUCUAAAUAGAUUUGUUUCCUUUUUUUCGUUUGACAGAACUCCAAGGAUAUCCCAGCAAACAAAGAAACCAACCAAAGAGAAAGAUGUCGGUGCAGCAUCUGCCGCUGGAUCCAAUGGUGGUGAAAAAACAGAAAAUGAUCAUGAAACUACUGCAGCUGCUGUAGCAAUUCCUGGGUUAGAAAUUGAUGCGAAAAAUGAGUAAGUUAAUUACUUAACCGUUUCUGAUUAAGUACCCAAAAGUUCGAUCGAGAGCCAAAAAAUGGAAGAAGUGGUAUGGGGAGGAGAGAAAAGAUGCACGCACUUUGUUUGAUUGAGGUAUUGGCCGCUUGUCAGUCAACACUGUCAAACUGCGCCAUUCAGAAGCUGCGUUCGUGCGCGAAUCUCGGGGUUUGCGGGCAAGCGUUUUCAUUUCUCCCCUCCAUCCCCACCUUCAUUUCGAUUUUUGCUCUCUUUCCAACUUUCUCAACAAACGUACGCGGAAACACUUGCUACGCAGUUUAACCGUGCGAGCUCUCAUUGGCUAAUCCGAGGCCACAUCGAUGACAUCGUACAACGAAACAGUUUCCCGCCAAAUGUCUUCCGGUAGCAACAAUUUCUCUUAUCAUUCGCAAUUUUUUUUCUUUUCGUUCUAGGAACAGCGCGCGUCCCAUCUUGAUCCCUCUUCCCUAUAUCCGAUCAGAUAUCAGUGUGACAAUAGCGGGAAAGCAACAAAAGUCGACAUACACCGCUCCGUAUGUGUACAGUAGCAAGGCUUACAAACCAAUCACACGACAAGCGCAUGCGCCCAAUAACACCUCCCCUGCGGUAAUUAACUUCAAUCCUAUGAACAUCCCGGAGCUCAGUCGUCCAGGGACGAAAGGUGGUAUCCCUGUGGCAGUAAAAGCUGCCACUCCGACAAAAGCGGGUGUCUCUGUUCCCCAUGCUUCGAUGCCUUCUUCCAUGCCGCUGCCAUUUCUCUCCUCGCCCGGACCAGUCGUCUCUUCUCCUUUUAAACUUUCAACGCCCAAUCAUACGCCGGCACUUUGUGAUACCAAGACUGAGAAUAGAGAAAUUUCGGAAGUUGAUGCGGAAGAACGCUUAGGAAAAUUGGAUGUUGAAAGUGUGGAUUCUGAGCUUGACUAUCCUGUCCGUCUUGGGGCUGAGGGUCUAGCUGAUGAAAUCAAUGCUCUGCCAGGAAAUUCGGACAAGAAUGAAGCAGAAGCAGAGACGACCGCAGAACUGACAGAAAAAAAUGGUGAUGAACGUCCCGGUGAAGAAAUUGAAGCAAAAGGAAUCCGUUUUAGUCUCACGACUGUUGGAGGCAUUGAUCAGGGCGUGGAGAUAUACGAUUAUAACAAACGAGGUGGGAAAGCUUUGGCAUUGAUUUCAGCUUAUUAUUUCAUUUUGGAGGGACAAAUUUUGGCCCAGUUUUUGCGCAAGUUUUUAAUUCUUGGUUUGCAACUACGUGACAAGGCGGCAAUAUUGGUGGUCAAUACAAUAAAGCUCUUUUCGAAGAAUUUACUUGAAAUUAAUUCUCAGUAAUUCUCAGAGGAAAGAAAUGCUUCAUGACCACCAACAUGGCGACCGUGACGUCACCUGCAAACCAGCAAUUGCCAAUAGACCUUUACCGCAUUCCUGUAAAUAAAAGCACCAACUCGAGGCUAGGGGUGGACAAAAUACAGUCAACUUUCUCUAAGAAGGACACCUUUGGGACCGGCACUAAGUGUCCGUCUUAGAGAGGUGUCCGUCUUAUAGAGAGUCAAAUAAAUGGAGCAAAGAAAGGCAGAGACCAACUCUUAGUGUCCGUUUUACAUAGGUGUCCGUCUUAUAGAGGUGUCCGUUAAGAGAGAGUCGACUGUACAGUCGAACCGCUCUACAACGGCCACUGUGGAGACAGAAGGAAGUGGCUGUUGUGGAGAGGUGGCCGUUAUGUGGAGGUUCAACUGUAUAGUGGUUUGUAUGAAAUUGUCCAUCUAAUCCUCAACCUAAUUCCUUUAUGUUUGCUCACUAGAGCGGAAUGCGGGAUACCCUGGGCACCUGAGGUUUUUCUCGCGUACGGCGGGAAUUUUCGGUGUUGGCCGAAGCCACACAGAAACCGGAAACCGCGCGAGAAAAGUCUCUGGCACCCAAGGAAAAUGCGGGAAAGGGCUAUCGAAGAAGUAAUAACGUCUCCAAACAGUCCAAUAGUGCAAAUCGCCACGACUCCGACGACUUGGAAGUUGCGUAGGGAAACUGGGUCCAAAUUCGUUUAUCAGAGAAGCGAUUAUCUCUCCAAACAGUCCCAUAGCGCAAUUCGCCACGACACCGACUACUGCGAAGUUAUGUAGGGAAACUGGGUCCAAUUUCGUCCCUCAGAAACACAUGACAACAGUCCCGUGGUGCAAUUCAGCAUAACACCCCCUGCAACACACGCCCUUCCCAGAUUCUAUAGUUUGAAGCGAUUAUCUCAAACCGGUACCCAGUCGCUACUUAUUUAUUUAUUAUUUUAAAGGUAACCUGCGAACGCAGACCUAUUUUCGAUUACCAGAAAUACGUCUGCGUUUACAGGCUAAUUGAAAUGGAAAAUUGACGCACGCAAAGGCGUUUUCCCUUGAUGCACCGCGAACUGACCAAAUUCUUUCCAUUAAACCCUGCGCGAGUACAGAGAAACGACUGGGUUCAAGUUUGCGCUUAUUUUUGGAUUGUAGUCGGUGGUUAGCAAGUUGUAUUUGCCUAAGAAAAAGUGUGUGAAUUUGUCCCCUUUAAUUUUUCCGGGCGUGAGAUAGCAAUAUUCAGAAAGAUUAUUAAUGCCAAUUACUCUGCGAUCUUUCUUUGUAGAUGUGGAGAGUGAGGAGCAAGCUGCGAAGCACAUUAAGGUACGCUGAAUUAUUCUUAUUAUUUUUGUAAGGUUAAAAAAAAAAAAAUCGGUGAAAUUAAUCUCUACAAAGAUAAACAAACUGCGCGAAAAAUUAAGCCGUAGAUAAUUGUUGCCGAGUCAUCAGGUUUUGUGAAGUUGUUUUAAAAACGGAUGCGACUAAAACGGGGAACAGAAAAUGGGAACGAGCGCUGGGAAAGGUAAAAUGAGAAAAAGCUAACUUGAACCCUAUCAUCAGUAACUUCAUUACUCAUUCUCCGUUUCUUCCUAUUUUUCUUUUUCUCGUUUCCCGUGCUCGUUCUUCGUUCCUUGUUCCCCUUUCCCUGUUCAACGUUUUAGUAACAUCCUCAGUUGGAAGUACGUGUAAGAUUAAUGUAAAAGUCACAUUAAAGGCUAACCUGCAUGGCAGAAGUCAGCAGGGGAAAUAAGGGUGAGAAUGAAGGCGCCCAAGAACGUGAUCGACACGCGAGGAAGGAGUUUCCAUCCCUCCUUCCUCGCGCGCCUAUCCGUGAUCCCAAUCUCUUACGUCUUUUUUCUCCUUUUCCUCUUCCCGUUCAAACGGUCACCACGCUGUCUACAAGAAGGUGGGUUAACUUAAGUACUAAUUGAUCAGCAGAGAAAAUGUUUUAUAAGCAGGUGGUCCAUGAUCGUCCGGGUGAUGGUAGUCCUGAAUAGGACUGUUGUUGACAGUGACUAGACGUUUCGACUACAGAUCAAGACAAAUCGAAACGCACCAUUGACAUGUAAGAGUUCUCAGAUAGCCAAUAACAUCACUGCUUAACUGACAGAAAACCAAUGACAUGGCGACUUAAUUGACCAAUCAGGUCAAUAACUAUCAACUGACGUGUUACAACUCACUCUGACGAUGACUACCGCACAGGUUUUCGAAACGUCAGUAGUCUACGUGGCAGGCGUUGAAAGGGGAAGGGGGAAUUUUUUUUGCGCGCACGAGGGAGAAAGUUCCCCUUUCUCCCUCCUCCCUCCUCCCUCCUCCCUCCUCCCUUCUCCGUCGCGCGUGGUCUCGCGCCCUAAUUCCCUUCCCCUUCCCUUUCGAGCGCCUGCCACGCAGGCUAAAACGUCAGUCACUGUCAACAGCAGUCCUAUUCAGGACUACGAUCAUCCGGACGAUCAUGUUCAACCUACUUACGAAAUGGCUCCUGGGUUCAAACCUUUCACGACUGAAAUAUUUGUUUGUUUGUGUUUAUUCAGGAGCUCGAGGAGAUAGGCCAGAAAAAUAUCAAUGAAUACACAAAACUGCUCGAGGAGCAUCAGCAUAUCUUGGAAGAGGUGAAGCAACUAGAAGACGAGAUAAGUAAGCCUUCUGAAUGAAGGGGCACGAUUUGAAGAUGCAAGCCAUCGGACGCUUGACUCUGCCCAACUUAAAGCUUUUUUGUAGCUACGUUUUUGAUAAAUGGAGAAAGCAGUUUUUAAUUUGGCAGUACGAAGUAGUUUUUGAUUGCUUUUGUUUUUUACGUUAGGCUUUGCGGUUUGCUUUUAAGGUCGCGUUUUUUUCUCCAAGCAAUCACCAAGAAAAACCAAAACCUUUCCAAGGACUGAGGUAGUUGUAGUGGACUGGUGGAGACUGGAUCAAGCUUGUAGUAGAAAAUGGCGGAAAACUGUUGAUGAAAAGCGAUACAGUGCAAAUAGCAGAGCUCAAAAUAUACCUCUUCGGCUUCUCAUAGGUGAUCAAUUCAUGAAGUGACUGAAGCAUCGAGGACCUUCCACAACUGACUUUGAUAACUAACUACUUGAAAUACUCAAUGAGACAGCUCAAACGAACUUGAAGUUAAUUGAACGCCCGUACAAACUCUUGUUUUGUUAACUUAACAACUUUCAAUUGCACAUGGAAAUGUGAUGUUUUCAAGACAUGUACAAAGGUGUCUUUUCGGUGAUUGCACCCUUAAACGUGGAUGAAAACAUUUGCUCGUGGGCUCAUAGCCUUUACUAUUUGCUAGACCCAGUCUCCCUAAGUCUGCUCCCCUCAUUCAAACGAAAGGGAUCUGCGAACGUGAAAAAUUGACUUUAGUUACUGGUUUAGGUAAAAACAUGUCAUCAAAAUGGCACAUUCAAGCAAUUUCGGGUUCGUCCCGGGUCAUUGUUCUUUACUAAAGUCAUAUUUUUCAAAACGAAAGAAAAUAAAGCCAUGUAGUGUUCGCCAUUUUUCAGGUCCUGCCAUAUAUGCAACAGAUUUAAGCGAAAGGUAUAUUUUAUGUCUCUUAACUGAGUCUAGUGUGAAUUUAUCGGAAACCAUUUUAAUAUUUUUCAAAUAAGGCUUAUUUUUUUUAUUAGAACUAUUAUUUCUACUCAUUUUUCUCGACUAUUCAGAUGCCAGAAAUCAGUUACUUUUGAUGGACAACGAUGAUACGAAAGUGACUGAAAAAUAUUUGAAAAUUAUAAUCGUCGUGUGCAACGUUAUCAUUAUUUUGUAAAACAAAUAUUUUGUGAAAUAAAUGUAAUUUAUUGCUGAGG